AUGUGAAUGUUCGUCACUGUCCGCAAUUACGCAGAGGAAGACACACACACAUACGGAGAGACCGAACCGAACCAAUACAGGGGCCAUCCAUCCAUCCAUUUACACACAUCUCAAUCAAUCGCUCGAUACGCAGCAAACACUGUCGUCUCUUUGCCACAAUGGGCUAUGCCGUCUGUCUGUCUGUCUAGUGCUGCACAGGACACUGUGGGCAUUCGUACGACACGAACGAGCCUCCGAAAGCACUUCUCUGUCUGGACAGAGAUUGAGAGAAGAGACAGGCUGCUGACCACUGAGGGAUGGAGGGAGGGAGGACAGUGCAGCAGCAUCGCCUCGUCUGGCUGUCGGCUAAUUACACAAAGGUGACAUGAUAGACAGACAGACAGAUAGAUGGCAGGGCUGCUGCUCCUCUCCCUUCCCGUUGGCUGACUAAUUACAAGGGAAAGGAAGGCCCUGCCUGCCUGCCUGCCUGCAUUGGAGGAGCAAACCAACAUAUACAACGCCUCCCCAUCCCUCCCCCCCAGCGAUGGAUGCUAUCUAUACACGCCCCUCCCUCUCCCACACAGCCUGUUGCGCUUACAAAACUGGCAAGGCAAGGCAAGGCAAGGCAAGGCUCAGAUAGAUGUAGAAAGAUCCCUCGUCUCUCUCCCUCAGUGUGUCCCUCCCUCCCUCCCUCCCUCCAGACCCUCCUCCCUCGUUCAGACGUUCAUGGCUGGCCCCCCCCUGUGCCUCAAUCUGCCAUCUGCCAGCAUGGGUGGCGCCAGCAGCAGCACACUCACCACCGCCAUGACGCACAGCACACCGAAGAGGCUGUCCCACCCCAGCGCCUCCGAGAUGCUGGCCGUCAGGUACCCCUGCACCACCGCACCGCUCGACCCCAUCCCGUUGACCACCCCGGCCGCAGUCGACAGAGCCCCCAGGCCCAGCCCCGAUUUCUCGCAGAGGUCCUGCGCGGCUGCUGCACCCAACACAGAGUCGGGGCCGGCCACCGUGAAGCCCACCACUAGCAUCGCGAAACAUAUGGCGCUAAAACCUGAUGGAUGGAUGGAUGGAGCAGAACUACAGUGUUUCCCCCCAGUGUUUCGUUUGCUGGCUGUCGUGUCCGUUCCGUUAUGUUCUGUGCGUUGGGUACCGAUGUGUGUGGAGUAUGCGAAGAAGAGGAUGGCUGUUGCCGUGGCGAGGCACAUGGUGGCGGCCGCCUGCAGCCUCUUCCCCUGCAUUAUGUGGUCCGACAGGUAGCCGGUGAAUAUGGCCCCGCCGAUGCCCCCGAUGUCAAACAUCAUGGAGGAAUAGCCCGCGAUGGAGGCCUCGUACUCGAGGUGUUGUGUGAGGAAGUAGGGCAGCCAGAAGAGCAGCGUGUAGCGGAUCAGCUUGACGAAGAAGUAGGCCCCCGCUACGUGCAGCAGGUAGGGCAUCCUCACAAUGUCCCAGAACGUGAAGGUCCGCCGCACGGGCGCCCCAGUCGUCACCACAUGAGUGCCGCCAUUGGCUCCUUCCCCUGACCCCGAUGUCGACUUGGCGUCGGUGGGUGCGGACCCCGGCCCCUCGCCGGUCCCCGCUGCGCCGCCCCCGCCCGGGCUGCCGCCUCCCACCACUUUGGGCGACUCGGUCCUCUCUUCCCCUGCUGUCUUGACAUUGACACCAUUUCCCUCUCCGUUGCCCUUGCCCGCCGCGGCAUCCAUCUUGGCCUUGGGCCCUCGGUGCCCCACUGACGAUGCCACAACGUGGUCGUCACUCGCUUCGCUCCCGCCAGAUGUGGACGCCAUCGAUGAGACCGUCAUGCGUCGGGGACUGGUGCGGCUGUCGCCAUUGGCCGUGUCAUCGGCGGCCUUCGGCGAGCCUUUGUCGUUGGCAGACGGCGCCGGGGCCACCUUUUCGGCUCCCGUGGCGAUGACGGCUGCGAGGGCGGGGGAGGGGGCUUCAAGUAGGAGGGAGUAGAGGGCGAAGCCACAUGCCGCCACCACUAACGCGGGCAUGUAGAAGGCCAUGCGCCACCCAAAGUGCUGCGCCACGAAGGCAGCGAGGGCCGUGGCCACCAUCGCACCGAUCUGCUGACUGGCAGGUACGCAAAAACACCAACAAACGCGCGCAGAGGGGAGGGAGGGAGGGAGGAAUGAAUACAAUGCGGCUCGGCCCGCACACACGUGUUGUCAACCCCGUUCAGCUCACCUGGUUGUCCACACUCCCAGGACAGAGCCCCUCGUCGUGGGGCUGUACCAGGGCGACAGCGCCUUGACGAACAGGGGGAAUGCAGCCGCAUGGAGCAGCCCGUUUCCCAGCCAGGCGUACGCCAAGACCUUCUCGUUGUGCGUCCCGGCAAAGAUGAAGCAGCACACCGCCGACCCCGCGUAGGCCAGGAACAGGACGUUCCUGAGGCCCCACCUGUCGGCCAGCGACGGGAUGAACAUCUGGCCCAAUGCAUAGGCCGUCAGGAAGGCCGUGUCGAUGGUCCCCAGCUGAAACCGACUCACGCCAAGCUCAUUCUGACACCAGACCCCCCAUCACACAUACACACACACACACAGAGAGAGAGAGAGAGAAAAUGAGGGCCAUAGACAAUAUGCGCGUCUAUUUAUCUGUCCAUCGCUCUCUGCGCACCUGUAUGUGUGUCUUGACGACUGAGAAGGGUUUCCUGGUGCUGUAGAGCACUGCAUAGGAGGUGUAGGUCAGCGUGAAGAGCAGCAGCUGGCUGUGCCGGACGAUGGCCCGGGGGUCAAAGGCCUUGACCGCUGCUGGCUGCUGUGGCUGCGGCUGACUGUUGCUGGUGGCCUCCUUUGCGGCACCCUCCUUGCCGCCCUCCAUAUCGUCACCGCCGUCAGUGGUCGGGAGGGCGGCAAAUCCCCGCGGCGCCCGCUGCAGCACCAGGGAGAGGGGGUUCUGGGCCAUCUCUUGCAGCCAGUUGAGGGAGGACUGGAGGGCAGACGGCGGUUUGGUCAUCUUUGGCGACUUCACCAUUCAACCGAGAGACCACAUUUAAGUUGCUAAGACUGGGAACCGAGCACGCAGAG